CACAACCUAAAUAGAAUAUUUUUUAAAGUUUUAUUAUUACUUAUAACUUAUAAAUUAUCCAAUUAAUACUUUAUUGGUGGUUGAAAUUCGGUUGCAAAAUAAAGCCUUGGUGAAACUAGUAAAAACCAUCCAAACAUAUUUAAUUCAUCCGUGUGAAAUAACCGAGAAAGCGAGAAGAUGCCGCGCUUUUUGAAAAAUCAACGAUAAACAAGCUUAAUUUCCAUUGUAAAGCAGUAACACAAUUCAGGGAACAUGGAAACUAAUCACAACACAAUGCUGAGUUCGGAUCUUUGUUUUUUGAUACAAAGAUUUUUAUCGUCUAGCGUACUUAAGAAAACCCUACAAGUGUUCAAUGAAGAACUCGAAGAACACAAACUGCUACCAACUCGUACCGAUUGGGAAGGUGAACAACACGAUCGAACAGUCGAGGACAUGAUCAGGCAGUUUUCGAACAUCAGACCCGAUUACCUUCUACAACUCUGCAAUCAAGCCGUGAAUUCUAAAGACAGGGACGCCCUAUCGGAUAGGACUAAAUCGUUUUUGAGUUUUAGACCAAAUGCAUUCCAACGUGAUAAUAUAUUAACCAAUUUUAGACAGUUAUACAAUUAUGUUAUACGAAUGCACGGAGCUCCUGUACAAAUUACGAACAACACUUUUAACAUAGCCAAUUCGUUGAGAGGCAGAGAAAUAUCAGGACCUUUAAGCAGGCACAGAAUAACUACGCCGAAAUUGUUCAAUUCCAUGCAGAAACAACGAAGUACAGUCGGACAUUUAUCAUCAGUUUUCUGCAUACUUUUCGAUCAUUCCGGUAAAUACAUCAUUACCGGAGCAGACGAUUUGUUGGUGAAGCUCUGGUCAGCGUACACCGGUCGAUUAAUAUCGGUAUUCCGAGGAGCUUCCUCGGAAAUAACCGACAUCGCAAUCAACUCGGAAAACACCCUCCUAGCAGCGGGCUCUAUCGAUCGAAUACUAAGAGUAUGGAAUUUACAAAACGGUGCACCUAUAGCAGUCCUCACAGGACACACCGGAAUGAUAACAUCCGUGAACUUCUGUCCAACGCAGUGCUUAGAUCUUCGAUAUCUAAUAAGCACCGGAACCGACGGCAGCAUAGCGUUCUGGCCUUACUCUCAAGAUUGCUCAGUCGGCGUGGAGUUCCGUAGCAACCCAGUUAUGUACCAAGAGAAGCUGAGGCCGGGACAGGCUCAAAUGAUCUGUUCGUCUUUCAGUCCUGGCGGAACGUUUCUAGCAACCGGCUCGGCCGAUCAUCACGUCAGAGUCUACUACAUGAAGGGAGACGAAGGGCCGCACAGGAUACUGGAAAUGGAAGCUCACAGCGAUAGAGUGGAUUCCAUACAAUGGGCCCAUUCCGGCCUGAGGUUUCUCUCGGGCAGCAAAGACGGCAUGGCGAUUAUAUGGUGGUUCGAAAGGCAGCAGUGGAAGAGCAUCCACUUAGACAUGGCCUCGAAGCUAUCCGAUGCCCAUAAAACGCUCGAGAACGAUUCGAAGAAAUUGAAAGUGACCAUGGUGUGUUGGGACUUAUCGGAUUAUUGGGUCAUAACGGCCGUCAGCGAUAACACGCUCAAAGUCUGGACGUCUUCUAACGGUCAAUUAAUCAAAAUUCUAACGGGUCACACCGAUGAAAUUUACGUUUUAGAAGCGCAUCCCCGUUACGAUAACGUCAUACUGUCGGCCGGCCACGACGGGCAAUUGUUCAUUUGGGACAUAAUGAAGGGCGAGAUCGUUUUCAAGUUUCUGAACAACAUCGAAGGCCAAGGAUUCGCGGCGAUAUACGAUGUUAAAUGGAACCCCGACGGUACCGUGAUCGCCGGCUCGGAUUCGCAGGGUCACAUUCUCAUAUUCGGCUUCGGCGAGGGAAGCCCUUUCUUCAAACAGCUGCCGCAAGAGCUGUUUUUCCACACCGAUUAUCGGCCGUUAGUGAGAGACACUAAUCAUUACGUGUUGGACGAACAAACGCAAAUUCCGCCACACCUAAUGCCGCCGCCGUUCCUCGUCGACAUCGACGGGAAUCCGUACCCUCCGAUGCUGCAAAGAUUAGUGCCCGGCAGGGAGUUUUGUAACGUCGAACAGCUGAUACCGAACAUCAUCAUCGGAAACGAGGGUACCCAAGAGGUGAUUCAAGAUCUUCCCCAAAAUCACAUAGCUUCUCUGGAGCGCAACGACCAAGAGGAGGGAAGUUCGUUUAGACCCGGAAGAAGAUCGUCCGUCAGAGAUCACGAAAGAAUCAGACAAAGUACGGGAAACUGGCAGAGCGAUCCUUCGUUCGAAUGGCAAAAGAACAUCUUGGUUCAACCGUUGAGCAAGGCCGUCCUGGAGCGAGCCAAGGAAGUAAGAGAAAGCCUAAAAGACGCCGAAAUGGAGGAGUACCAGAAGCAAUUAAGGCAACGACCUCACAUGAUCAGCAUCAACACCUCGAACAACAUCAAGAAGAAGGAAGAAAAGGAGAAAAAGAAACGGAAAAACAACAAGUACGCCACGCGAUCGGCGGUGACUUACGAAUACAAAGAAGACGAUCACGACAUGUCUCCGAUAUACGAAUCCGAUUCCUAUUCUUCCGAUUGGGUGGCCGAAGAACAGGAACGCUUCGAACGACCCGUAAGAUCCAGCAGGCGACAGGCUGCAGGAACGUCCAGGAGAAAAGUAUCCGACAACGAAGACGAGGACGUCGAUGUCGAGUUAGAAGACGACGACGAAGAAGACUACGAUUUCGACGAGUCCAUGCCGAGCUCCAGCAAAUCCAAAGAGAAAGACGACAAGAAGCGAAACAAGCCCAACUCGUCGGAUAAGAAUUCGAGGAUCAGAUCCAGCAGGAGAUCGAAACAAGUCGCUCGGAAGCGCAACAACAAGAUCAAGGUCACGUCGAGCAACAGCAGCAGCGAUUCUUCGUCGGAUAACGAUCAUCGCUAUCACAACGGCAAUAAUCUGUCGGAUAUAAUCGGCCCGUCGACCAGCGGUAUGCAGAAAUCCUCGAAAUUAACCAAAAUCGAGCAGUACAGGCUGAGCGAAUGGUUGUCGGAGACGAAACCGAGAAAAUCGCCGUACUAUCCACAACUCGGCGACGAAAUCGUCUAUUUCCUGCAAGGCCACCAGCUGUACUUGGACGCCGUCGAAACGAAAAACGUCUACGAGAUCAACGCGAAGGAGCUGCCCUGGAAGAAGCUCAACAUCCAGCCGCACGAGUUCUGCAAAGUCAUCGGCAUCCAAUACGAGAUCAAACCGCCGAGAUUGUGCUGCCUGAAAUUGGCCGUCGUCGACGAGGAGGGCCACCUGACCGGCCGCAGUUUCUCCGUCAAAUACCACGACAUGCCCGACGUGCUCGAUUUCAUCGUUCUGAAGCAGAUCUACGACGUGGCGUUGUCGAGGAGCUGGACGAACGGCAGCAAGUUCCGUUGCAUGAUAGACGAGGGCUGGUGGAUCGGCGAGAUCAUCAACAAAUCCCCGGCCAGCGAGACCUUUCCCGAUUCCACGUUCCUCUGCUAUCAGAUCCGGUGGAACAACGGCGAGGAGGAGCGGAUGAGCCCGUGGGACAUGGAGCCGAUCGACGACGAUCGGAUACCGGAGGACGAGAGCGAAUCGAUUCCGGUGCUCGAAGAGGAAUUGUCGUCGAUAUUGUACAAAACGUCGGAGUGCGACUGGCCCUAUCGCGAUCUGACCGCCAUUACGAAAAACAUCGUGAACGGACUCACCAAAGUAAUGGAAUUGGCUAUAGCCGAACCAUUUCUGGUGCCCGUCGACAUAAACGCGUAUCCGUUGUACGCCAUGAUAAUCGAAUAUCCGAUCGAUUUGUCGACGAUUAAAUCUCGUUUCGAGAACCGGUUUUACAGGCGACUCAUCGCCGCCCAAUUCGACAUCAGAUACUUGGCGACCAACGCCGAGAAAUUCAACGAGAAACGCAGCAACAUCGUGAAACACGCCAAAAUACUCACCGAGCUCUGCUUGCGCAUCGUCGGCGAUUGCUCGAGCUGCGUCGACGUUCCCAGCUUGUACCACCGGCUGGUGAGCAACUACGACUCCGAUCGCGGGGCGAGCGACGGAGCCGACGAACGCGUCGCCUCCACCAGCAAAAACCUGCGAAACGCCGCCAAGAAACCCGCCGGCGAUCCGGACAAAUGGAAGAAACACGCCGUCGAUCUUCUGAAUUUGAUAUGCGCCAACGAGGACUCGGCGCCGUUCAGGAAACCCGUCGACAUAACAUCCUAUCCGGACUACUACCAAAUCGUCAAGAACCCCAUGGACUUGGGCACGGUGCAGGAGCGCCUCCAGCAAAACGCCUACGACGGCCCGCUGGAAUUCUCCGCCGACAUGAAGCUGAUAUUCUCCAAUUCGAGACUGUACACGCCGAACAAAAAAUCCCGAAUCUACGACAUGACCAGUCACCUGUCCAAGAUCUUCGAGGAGUCGUUCAAGAAGAUCCUCUCCAAUUGGAAAACCGAGACGAAGCGUAGGCGAAGGAGGCGUUCGGUGACCAACAGCGAGUCCGACGCCUCCACCACGUCCUCUUACUCCUCGGAUUCGGCCACCGACGUGCAGGAGGAGCUGAAGGCGCACGACGAGGAGGAGGACGACGACGAGGAGGAGGAGGAGGACAGCAAUUUCGAGUGCGAAACGAAGUCCGAGCCGGAAUCGGAUAGCCAGAGCGAGGGCGCGCGGACGAAGAGGAGCCGCAAGAGGGCGCGGAAAAUCGACAAGGAAUCCGAGGAGGAGUACACGGCGAAGCUCACCGAUCAAUCCGAGGAGGAGUGCACCAGCAGCGAGGAGGACUUCGACGCGAAGAAGAAGAACAACCUGAGGAAGAGGCCGGCGCGGAGGAAAGGGUUCUACGAUAGCGACAGCGAGGAGAGCAGCGAUUCGUCGUCGGCGAGGGAGUUCAAGCGGAUCAAGCGGAUCAGGCAUACAUCCGAUAGUGAUAAUAGCAAUCAAUCGUAUCAGACUGACGGUAGUGAUCGUAGGAAAGAGGGGAAAUUCGUGUCGCAGGUGAGCAGCAGGGGCAGGGUGAGGAAGCUCACCGAACGGGCGAAGGCGUUAUUUAAGAAAAAGUAAAUUUACGAUUUAAUAUUUUUUUACGUCGACUGUGGUUCGAUGGCGCAACCGGAGAUGUUCUUGGGAAUGUUAUCUAAACGUGAGCCCAUUAUUUCGUGAGUUAUUCUCUAAAAUGUUACAGUUGUA